AUGAGCGCUUCAAAGUGGACAGUGGUGAGUCCGAGGAGGGGGAAGCUGGGAGAACGGGCAGGCCCCGACCUGCUCCAACAACAGUACUUUGAAGUAGAAAAGCGCCUGGCUCAGAGUCAGGAGAGGCUUGUAAAUGGGACACAGGAAUGUCAAACUCUGCGUGAGGAGCUUAAAAAACUUCAUGAACAGUUGAAAUUAUUGAACGAGAAAAAUAAAGAGCUUGAAGCUGCUCAGGAUCGUAAUGCAGCCAUUCAGAGCCAUUUAAAUAGAGAAAAAGAAGAACUGGAAGCUGAAAAGAGAGAUUUGGUUCGAACAAGUGAAAGACGAUCUCAAGAAGUUGAACAUUUAAAUGAGGAUGUUAAACGCUUAAAUGAAAAGCUUACAGAAGCAAACACAGAAAAGGUGAAACUUCAGUUGAAGUUGGAUGAACUUCAAACAUCAGAUGUUUCCAUGAAGUACCGUGAGAAAAGGUUGGAGCAAGAAAAAGAACAUCUACAGAAUCAGAAUGCGUGGCUGAAUACUCAAUUGCAAGCCAAAACAGAGGAACUUCUACAUACUGCCAGGGAGAAAGGCAAUGAAAUCUUGGAGCUUAAAUGUAAUCUGGAGAACAAGAAGGAGGAGGUUUCCAGAAUGGAGGAACAGGUAAACAGCUUAAAACAGUCACAGGAAAAUCUUCAGAAGCAAGUGGAAGACCUUUUGAAUAAACUGAAGGAGGCGAAAGAACAGCAAACUGGUAUGGAGGAAAGAUUCCAUAGUGAACUGAAUGCCCACAUAAAAUUAUCAAAUUUGUAUAAG